AUGAGUAACCCUUCUUUCUCCGGUAACCCGCCGCCGCCGCCGCACAAUGCAGAGGUAUCAGUGAUGGAAAAAGAUGACGCUGACGCCACGCCGCAGCUUCUUUUUGAGAGCUCACUCGCCGCGCCGAGGUCCCCAGCGCCGCUGCCGCCACUUCCACCCCCGCCGCUUGUGGUGCAAGUGAUGAACCCUGUGGUGGCGGCGCCGUCUUCAAGCUGGCCGAACCUCCUCGGUCGCGCCAAUCACACAGCCGCGCUAGCAUCAAUGGUCAAAGCCCCUAGAGGCUCCGACCGAGAUGUCUUCUGCCUUCGACGGUCGUCAGUCACGCGCGUUCGGGAAGCCCUUUCUUUGUCGUCGACCUCGAGUGACCUGCGGGCGGUGCCAGCGAUCCCGGUCCCCGACAACGGCGUCUCUUCCGUUGCUCCCCCACCGGUUGCGAUCUCGCAGGAGAAUGUCUCGCCCUCAAUGGACAUUGGUGCGCUUCCAGUAACGGUUUUGGAAACGUGUCCAUCCGCUCACAGCUCUCCAUCUUCUUCAGCCGUGCCUCCUGCGUCGCCAUCAGUUUUACUACCAGCGCCCAAGCACACCGACGACGCGGCUCCUGUGAAAAUACCUUUGUACUCAUCGCAUCCGACCGCUGCAGCGCUCGCGACGCCAUCAUACGUGGAAGGAGUGCGUGCCACGGAUACCACCAACUCUGCGGCCCAGGCAAACCUCCCUCACACCGUCACGUCACUCUUGCCGGCUCCUUUGGCACCCGCAGUCGUCGUGCCAGCGUCGCUGCUGCGCCCGCCAUCUGUGAGUGUCACACCUGCAUCAGUGGAAGGUACUCCUGCGCUUGCGACAACCGUCACAGGUAUGCCAUCACGUGGCACGGAUAGUCGGCCACAAUACCUUCACCCCCAGCGAGAGACUGUGGAAGCAGCGGUGCGCGGUUUGAUCUCCGCCCGAAAUGCUCCAGAGGACCUUGUGACUUGCUGCACAUCAGCCUCCUCGUGCGGAGCUGGCAGUGACAGGAGCAGCUCAGGUGGCGACAGCGUCUGUGUGAGGCGUACAACGCACAUUAGUCAUACUCGCACCCGAGGAAAGCGACGCGGUGGUGCGCACUCGGAAGCCGCAGCGAAGCCAGUCUCCUCGCACAGGUGCCGAAAGACUCACUCCUCCCAUGGCGCAUCGUUAAAAAUACAGCGGCCGAGUGUUGUGCGUCUCUUCGAUGGCGAAGGUCGACGUGGGCCGUGGUCGUCGUCGGUGUUGCAAGAAAAGACGUCCAUCUCAUCGCACAACACAACCGCACUGUCGCCGGAUGGCGACACAAAGCGGCGAAAAAAUGGUCGUGGUGCCCAAGCUAGUCGGGGCAGCGGGAACACAACGGGCAUGGAAGAGGCGGCGCCUGCCGCUUUGGCCGGAAGUGGUGCCUUCCCAACCGUUGAGGACGGGUCUCACGCACCUCUACUCUUCAUGAGCCCUGCAACGCGCUUGCAUGCAGCGUGCCAAAACAGCACAAAAAACAAAGGGCUUACAAAGGCAGAGGCGAGCCUACUGACGCAGAGGUUGCUCCUGGGGAGCACCGACGCUGGGCGACGUCACGAGGCCGAUAGGUGGAAUAUCGCAAUCGUUGCCCAUGAUGGUGAGGAGACUGGCGACACCGGUGGCGUGGGUAGCGAGCGCGCGACGCAGUUCCGCGCUACGGGUGCUUUCAAAGGUGAGGACGAAUCGGCACGUCCAUGGCCCACCGGCAGCAGUGACGGCCACGCUUGUCAAAGAUGGGGAAGCGCUGAAAGCACCACAUCGUCGAAGCUAGCCGCCGCCGGCGCAUCCGACGAGCAUGGCGUUGUUUUGGUCUUAACAAUACGUGGUAUGAGCCCUCUGCACGCCGACGCCGGCGUUGUCCACCCCCUGGUGCGCGCGUGGGUCGUGAGCUGUGCGACGGGGCGCAGCCUGGUUCAGGCAUCCACCUCUGUUCCCUGCGCCGUGACACAUCCGUUUGAUCUCCGCGCACACAAGACGCGCGCGCCGUGGUGGAAUGCGCAGCUGGCUCUGCGGCUGAGGCCAGAACAAAUGCGCACCGCGGCGGACGACGCGAUGCUUCUGCUGGAAGUGCUGGACUUUGGCAACGAGACUAUUCACGGCUUUCCACUUUUGCGUGAGGGGCUUUACCCCAUCUGCUGGGGAUUUCUGAUGUUGCGCGACUGCGUUGGUCGCUCAAACCUGCUCGCGGCAGACGACUUGCAUGUGCAGCUCUAUCGCUACCCUUCUCGCACGCCGUGGUACCUGUCUCUGCUUAGCGCGUUGAUCCCCGUCUCAUGCUCCGCGGCGGGCGCGGUCUUUGAACCGCAUGGUUCGAGUGCAGCCCCUUGCUGCAGCGACGGCCCCAGAGUCUCCAUCGCCAACGACGUGCCGACCAUCCACACAGUGUUUGCAACUGCCAAUAACCGCAAGAUUCCGUACGAAGGCUGUAUCGUACUCCGCGUACGUCAGACGAGCAACACCGCCUUCGUCCCUGACACAACGGAGAUGCUGCUCUACGAGGAAUACCUCCUCUCGAUGCUGGCGUCCAAUGGGGGGAGUGACGCGGUGCCGCGCUCCUCACGAUGUGUUUCGGCAGCCGUCAAUAACGAGGUGUCGCUCGGCCGGAUGAGGGAGGAAGACGGCGUUCGUGGGGCGGCAGUUCCAGCGUGCCCUUGGUCCACGAUUGUCCUCCCCGAAAACUACUACCGAAUGGAUGGCGAGCGGUCAUUGCUGCCGCACGAGAUUCUGCAAACGACCGCAGUUCUGGGGGCGGUCACGUGCGUCUCCUUCGCCCAUAGCGGCUCCUUCGUUGCGCUCGGCGUCUGUCGUCAUCUCCAGCACGUGGUUGAGCUGCGCAAUCCUCUGCUCCCUGACAUGGCCGUUGUUGCCUGCCUUGUCGGUCACACCGGUCACAUCCACCGUGUCGUAUUUCAGAAAGAGGACAAGUACCUGCUGUCGUGCUCGUCUGAUGGGACGGUACGUGUCUGGCAGCCCAGGUCGUCGGAAAGCGUUCUCACUCGCGAACCGAGCGCAGGGCCCGACAGCAUGCAGUGCGUGUGCACGUUGCCACACGGCUUUCCAGUGUAUACGGCAGUGUUUCACCAAGAGAAGAUUAUUGCCGGCGGCUUCAGCGAUCAGAUCUUCGUCUGGGAUUACGAGCACACGAUCCAGGGGGAGAUGGAAUCGAUGACGACGAUGAGCAACACGACACUGCGUCUCAUCACCACAUUCACUCCAGCGCACCACACAAGAACCCCACCCACGGAUUCGCAGCGCACAACUAGGGAGGUUCUCGGGCAGCUUGUGCAACGAGUCGACACGGCCGGCGCUACGGCGGCGCCGGAGUGCGUGUCGACUAUGACACUCAGCCUUGCCUCGAAUGAGCGCAGCAAUCGAGUGUGGUCCGUCCACGCAAACAGUUCUGUGGUGUGUUGGCGCGCCACCGUAGAGACUGCCAGCAGCGGCGGGGGCGGCAGUCGGUGGCAAAUGUCGACGCGACACACGGCCGACUGCAGCGGCGCGGCAGAGGUGCAGGUGAAGGGUGGGUACGCCAUUGUGACCUGCGGAAGUGCUCCCAUCGUAUUUGUCUUUGACGCCACCACGUGCGAGCAGCUGCGCGUCGUCAACACACGACUUUCGUUUGCCACACCGAUUCACCUUUUGCCCGACGGGGAGGCGUUUGUUGCGGUCGUUGGCGACCCAGGCCGACUCCUUGCAUGGGAAUGCUUUGAUGGCGGCUUGUGUACUCCUGUCUCCGGCUACGGCAAGGCCUCUCCGCUGUUCAAAGUGGCGCGGAUGGUGUGGGCGGAGUCUCAGCAGCUCGCCGUCUUCGUCAGUCAUUCACCGUCCUCGGAGGGGGAGAUAGCCCGCUAUAAGCAACGGCCAAUGCAGCCGGGUGCAGGACAGAGCGCAGCCGCCUUUCAGUAUCGGCAGCAGGAGCUGCAGUACCGCCAGGGCGACAUACCGACCGAGGCAACGCUGAUCACCGUCGCGGGCACUGCUCGGGGCAAGUCGACUGUGCUUCUGAAGACAGACCGCAAUUCCUCCGAUGCGUUUGUGAAGAUGUUCGGCGGUGAUGUGCAGCCGAAGCGAAAGGCGACUUAUCUGGUGGAGCGCGAACGCGCAGUGCACCAGCGUGCGGCUGAGCGCGCAACGCGCAACGAGCGGCUGCACCCGACAACCGCCUCCACCGAACUCUCCGCGCUGUUUUCGGCACCGGUGGCCACGAGCAUCCCAUAUGACGUGACGGAGAAGGGGGCGCGCAUGAACACCAUCGUGAACUUCUGGCGUGGACUUGUUAGUCAGCACCGACGCACGGCAGCGCACCCCCAGGAGGACGAGAGAGUCUCCUCUAGCGCCGACACGUUUGGCAUGCAGCCUGCCGCGUGGCGUGCGCUGCAGUACAUUGAGGACAUAGAAGAUGUUCUAUGA